UUGCUCCAGACCAUCAGUACAGGCAGCUCUCUCCUCCCAUGUGGAUCUUGUUAGCUGUCUGACCCAGCCCAAGCAAUGGGAGCACCAGUGCUCCUCUUAGCCCUGACCCUAUUCCCAGUGGCAGCUGCAGCAAGCCUGGAACCUCAGUAUAUGGUGGUGUUCCCUGCUGUCAUUCACCAUUCCCAAGAGGAGAAGCUCUGCAUUCACCUCAUCUCUCUGACUGAGGCUGUCCAUCUGGCUGUCACCUUGCAGGUGACAACUCAGAAUCACACACUGGUGGAACAGGAUGUGGAGAAGCCAGGCACUUUUCAGUGCAUUACCUUCCAGGUGCCAGAGUUCCUUCCUGAGAAAAGAGAUGACUCCACUUCACACCCAGACGAGGUAGCUUUUCUGCAUGUCCUGAUCCACAGUGGGGACAAUGUGCUGUUUGAGGGUCGCAAGAAAGUUCUGGUCAAGCCCCAGAAGAAUGUAAUUUUGGUAGAGACAGACAAGGGCUUAUACAAACCUGGAGAAACAGUGAAAUUUCGAAUUGUAAACCUCGAUGAGGACCUUAAAGUCAUCAAAAAUGAGUAUUCCCAGAUACGGCUGCAGGAUCCUGAACAUAACCGCAUUGCUGAGUGGCUGCAUGUAGAGUCAAGACAGGGCAUUGUGGAUCUGUCCUUCCCUCUGGCCUCUGAAGCAUUGCUUGGGGAGUAUACCAUCUCAGUGGAACAAAACAUGGCCGAGAAAACCUUCCAAGUUGAUGAAUACGUGCUGAAAAAAUUUGAAAUAGAGAUUGAGCACCCUCCAUUUAUCACUAUAGCAGAUGAGGAAUUUCAGCUGAAUGUCUGUGGCAAGUAUACAUAUGGGAAGCCCAUUCAAGGGAAGAUAUGUAUUUCUUUGACUGCGCUAUCCCUGGACUUGGAAAGCAAUUCAACUGAUUCUUCUAAGAUGAAGCAAGACAGCCAGACAAAUGAGAAUGGCUGUGCCACUUUUACGGUGAAGACGCAGACUUUGCAAUUAAAUGAAGAUGAAAGCUUCAUAGUUGCAGCAGCAGAAAUGGUGGAAGAGGGAACAGGAGCAGAGAAUAAGGAAGUGGUUUUAAUUCCUAUUUCAACGAGGAUGAAGUCUAUAGAGUUUAUCAACCUCCAUGCAUUUUACAAACGUGGACUACCAUACACAGGGAAGAUGUUCUGCCACAGCAUCAUGUCUCCCCUCCAAAAUGAAACAGUCUACCUAACAGUUGAUGUUAAUGAGGAGGAAACACACCUGUCAUUCCUCACAGAUGAAAACGGGGAAGUCCACUUCUCUCUGGAUACUACCAACUGGAACAGCACCUUGGUUUCUCUGAAGGGAAGCUACAGCCUUGGAAAUAAUGAUUCUUCUGAAAGUCACACAGGAGUUGAGGAGAGCUUCCACUGGCUAAAACCUUUCUACUCUGAGAGCAAUAGCUUCCUUGAGAUCAAGGCUAGGAAUGAUGUGAUGCCCUGUGAUCAAAAGCAAGAAGUUCAAGUGGAUUAUAUCCUUGACCGGAGUAAACUCAGCUCUAAAGAAAACCAUGUUGACUUCUGCUACUUGGUGAUAUCAAAAGGCAAGAUUCUUUUCAGUGGAGAAAAGGAGGUGCCAAUUACUCAGCAUGAGAAUCUCCAGGGCUCCUUCUCAUUGACUCUGCCUAUUGGCAAUGACUUCCUGCCUGACAUCAAGCUUCUUCUGUAUGCAGUCUUCUUGGAUGGAGAGGUGGUGGCUGAUGCGGAAGAGUUUCAAAUAGAAAAGUGCUUCAGACACAAGGUAGCACUGGACUUCUCACAGAAGGAGGAAGUCCCAGGAUCCGAAGUCAGUCUGAACCUCAAGGCAGCUCCAGGGUCCUUGUGUUCUGUCCAAGCUGUUGACAAGAGUGUCCUCAUGAAGAAGAAUAACACUCUAACAGCAGACAAACUCUAUGAUGAGGUCUUUGAAAACAGAUUCACAAUUGGAGGACGAGGGUUCCCUUAUCAUUUGGAAGACUUUGAGGCAUACCCUUGCCUGCCUCAGGAGCCUGGUCUCCACAAAAAGGCUUUGAUGGGAGCACCCUGGUACCAAAGUGAUGCUGAUGUCUUCAAUCUGUUUAAGAAAUUGCGUAUGAAAAUAUUAACCAAUGCUAGAAUUAAGAAACCAGUUUCCUGUAUCCGACCAGAAUUUGAGAAGAAGAUGUAUCAUGGAAAAGCCACACUUCUUGAAAAUUUUGUUGCCUAUAGUGAUUCUGCACCUCAGUCUCCUAACAAAAGGAAGCCAAAACCACGGACACACUUCCCAGAGACCUGGAUUUGGGAUCUGGUCUCCAUCGGGGAUGAUGGGCGUGCGUCUGUUCAAGUUGCUGUACCUGACACCAUCACAGAAUGGAAUGCCAACACAUUCUGUGUUGCUGAUAUUGGCUUUGGGUUUUCUCCUCUGACUACUCUUAGGGUUUUCCAGCCUUUCUUUGUAGAUCUGUCACUGCCAUACUCUGUGAUCCAAGGAGAGACUUUCAGCCUAAAAGCCACUGUCUUCAACUACCUCAAGGACUGUAUGCAGGUGCACACCACUCUUGUGGAGACCCCAGAACUAAAGGUGGAUGCCUGUCCUGACUGCCAGUUCACCAUCUGCCUCUGUGCCAAUGAAGCAAAAACAUUUGAGUGGAACGUGACCGCCACCAAGCUGGGCAAAGUGAAUGUCACUGUGAGCUGCAUGGCAGAAGAUUCAAACAGCCUGUGUGGUAACAGGAUUGCUGUGAAACCUCUGAAAGGGGAGAGAGACACAGUGAUAAAACCUCUACUUGUGAAGGCAGGAGGUGUCCUGCAAGAGAAGACUCAAAAUGCCUUUCUCUGUGCUGCAGAUAACACCAUCUCUGAGGAGUUCUCCCUGACGUUGCCUGCAGAAGUACUGGAGGGAUCUGGCCGAGCCACUUUCUCUGUGAUAGGGGACAUCAUGGGCCCAGCACUUGAAAAUUUAGACCGGCUGCUGGAGAUGCCCUUUGGCUGUGGUGAACAGAACAUGGUUCAGUUUGCACCAAACAUCUUCAUACUCCAGUACCUGAAUAAGACUAAACAAUUGGACCCACAAAUUGAAGCUGAAGCACUGAAAUUCCUGAGAACAGGUUACCAGCGUCAGCUUCUCUACAAACAUGACGAUGGCUCCUACAGUGCCUUUGGGAAAGCUGACAAUGAGGGCAACACAUGGCUGACAGCUUUUGUAGCCCGGUCCUUCGGGCAAGCCAGCUCUCACAUUUACAUCAAUAAAGACCACGUGCGCGAUGCUCUGCUCUGGCUUCAGAAGCACCAGCUGCCCAGUGGCUGCUUCCAGAGUGUGGGAAAACUCUUCAACAAUGAUUUGAAGGGUGGUGUGGAUGAUACAAUCUCAUUAACAGCCUAUAUCACUGCUGCACUGGUGGAGCUCCAUCUGGAAAAGAAUGACACCAUGCUGGGUAAUGCCUUACACUGCCUCAAGAAUGUAACGCUUGAUAAGACAAGCCUUUAUGUCAAGGCCUUGAUGGCUUAUGUCUUCACUCUGAACAAGGACAUGGAGAUGAGAGAGCAGCUCCUGGAUAUGCUAGAGAAGGAAACUGCAGAGCUCCUGACAUCACAUUCCAGUAGUGAAGAAUCAUCUUCUAUGAUUGAGACAGCAGCCUACAUCCUCCUGGCACAUGUUUCCAAAGCAGAGUUGGCAUUCAAUGAAGCCUCAGUGAGCAAGCUUGUGCGCUGGCUCAGUGCACAAAGAAAUGCCUUUGGUGGAUUUGCUUCCACGCAGGACACAGUUGUUAGCCUGCAGGCCCUGGCUCAGUAUGCAGCCCUGAUUCCUCAGGAGAUGAGAGAUGUAAAGGUGACAGUGAAAAGCAAUGAGGCUUCUCCGCUGGAGUUUCACAUCCACAGGAACAACAAGUUGGUCCUGCAUCAGGCAUCUCUCCUUGCAGUCCCAGGCAUGUACACAGUGCAGGCGACUGGCAGUGGCUGUGUUUAUGUUCAGACCACUUUGUACUAUAACACCCCACCACAAAAAACAGAAGAGGUCUUUGUCCUGGAUGUGGAAGCAGUACCAAGAGAUUGUGAUGCUGUCAGGAAACAGCUUGACCUGCAUGUGUCUGUCAGUUAUGUAGGGAACCGUGAGACCACUAACAUGGCCCUGGUGGAGGUAGAGAUGUUUUCAGGGUUCAUUCCUGUGAAGAGCUCUGUGAAAGAGCUGGAGAAGAUACCCCUGGUGAAAAAAACAGAGAUAAAACCAGACAAAGUCACAAUCUACUUGGAAGAGUUGGGUAAGAUUCCUCUGAAGCUGAACUUCACCGUGGAACAAGAUGCUGAAGUGCAGAACUUGAAAGCAUCAACAGUGCAUGUUUAUGACUACUAUAAACCAGAUGACCGCACAGCAAGAGAAUACAUUUUCCCUUGCAGUUCAGAUGUCUCAAAGACGACAUCCCGAUAGAAUACCCUGGCUCUGCAACCAAUAAUUUGUUUCCUGCUUCCAUAUGGAAAUCUUCGUUGUUCUGGCUUUCCUCUUUCCUGAUGGCACCCUAUUUCCACUGAUCUGUGCCCUAAGUUUUUAUGUGAAAUCUGGCUUGAUAGACAGUAGUUUGGGAUCAAGUGAAAUAAAGUAUGUGGAACCUGAAAAGAAGGA